GCCGCGGGGCCGCGGGGCCGCCAUGGGUGACGCGUUCGGCGGGGCGGAGUCGGGCACGCAGCUGCUUGCACGACUUGAGGGUAGAAGUUCUCUGAAGAAUCUUGAACCUUAUCUGUUUGCUGAGGAAGGAUCUCCUGUUCAUGGAGAUGUUAUUGAAUUCCAUGGCCCAGAAGGGACGGGAAAAACAGAAAUGCUUUAUCACCUUAUCGCCCGCUGCAUCAUUCCCAAAGCAGAAGGAGGACUGGAAGUAGAAGUCAUGUUUGUUGACACAGAUUACCAUUUCGAUAUCCUCCGGCUGGUCACCAUUCUUGAGAACAGACUGGUGCAAGGGACUGAAGAAAUGAUAAAGGGGUGCCUGGGAAGGCUUUUCCUUGUGAGCUGCAGUAGUAGCACUCAGUUACUCCUCACUCUCUACUCUUUAGAAAACCUGUUCUGUGCUCACCCCUCGCUCUGUGUUUUACUUUUAGACAGUUUAUCAGCUUUUUAUUGGAUAGACAGAAGCAAUGGAGGGGAGAGUCUCACCUUGCAGGAGAUGAACCUGAAGAAAUGUGCUAACUUCCUUGAAAAGCUUGUGACACAGCACCACCUGAUCCUCUUUGCAACAACACAGACACUGAUGCAGAAAUCUGCAAACUCUGCAGAAAGCUUUUUACCUUUAAAACUUCCACAUGAAACUGAUACAGACUACAGACCAUAUCUCUGUAAAUCAUGGCAGCAAAUGGUAACCCACAGGAUAUUUUUCUCUAAGCAGUGUAAUUCUGGCAACAGCAAAGGUUUUACUGUAGUUUCUUGCCACCUCAAAAGAAACCAGAUAGUAAAACAUCCAUUUAGUGUUGCGGAAUGUGGAGUUCAGUUUUAACAUCGGUUUAUUUUGUAAAUGUUUAUCAAAUUCCAGUGCUUAAGGCCUGAUUAGUUCUAAGUAGCUUUUAGUAACUUUUUGACUAGCUGGUUGUUGCUGGGUGAUUAAUAAUUUUUGUCACCAUUUUCUUAAAUGAAAGUGAAGGGCAGGGAAUGGUAAAAUUUUUGAAUCACUUCAGCAAAUCAGUCCAAACUAUAGAGGAAUGUCAACAUUACUUGUUUGUGCUUAAUCAGGAAAAUGGUAACCAAAGACACAUUAAAAUUCUGGUAACCUUCAGCAGUCUAACCUAUGUGGCCAAAUGCCUGUUAGAAUUUCUGGAUCUUGCUGCUUUACACUCCUUCUCUUCCAAGCUCCAGAAGUAGGUUGUCUGUGGCAGAGAUUGCAAAGAAGCCAGAGUUCACUCUUUAUGAACAUUGGCCUUCGUUUAUUCCCUGUAGCUUUGGGCAUAAAAAAUGCCAAUUUUGCCUGAAGACAAGGAUUCAUUUUCACAACUUAUUAAAUAGUGGUGAUCCUGACUGUGCUGCUUCUCCUGGCUCUCAGCCUCUCCAUUUAUGUUAGCGAGUGCUCAGAGGAGCAGGGAUUGCAGGUGUUCUGACACUUACAAACGCCUGGCAUUGAAGAAUCUUCAGCUAUUAAAGCAAUGGGGGCCUGAUUUCCAUAACUGAAGGAGAAGUAAAGACCCAGCUCUGGGUA